UAACGAUAACUUUCGUGUCUUAAAACUUACAUGCUUCGAUUAUACUAAUUUAAAAAAAUCAUUUGACGAUCAUCAAUUUAAUUUAAUUCUAAAUUCUUCACACUGCUUUAUUAUCGUUAUCGAGCUUGAAAACACUGAUAACGCACUAAAUUCUGACGAAAUAGUUAGCACACUUAAGGCCGCAUUGAGUGGGAAUAAAAAAUAUUUUAUGAUAAACUUACACAACGCAAAAUUGAGAGAAACAUUUUUAUACUACCAAGGAGAAGUGAAACACAUUGACAAUGAUGAUUCAGAGAGAGAUAAAAAUAUUCACAAAUUUAUUCGUGGUUCAUUGAUGAAUCAGUCAAUUCUUGAGUGUACGUUAAGUCUUUCGAUUAUUAAAGAAAAUAUUGUUCAGGCAAUCUCAGAUGACGAUCCAUUAUUUUUGAGAUUGAUGUUAGCUUUCAAUGUGAAGUAUGAGAAAGAAUUCUUGAGAAACACGUUACAGACAUUAAUCAAAAGUUGUAGUGUGCACACACUUGCAUCUUUUUUUUAUCUACCAAUCGUUGAUCUUGGAUGUUCCUACCCACCAACGCAGUUGAUUGAAGAGGCUGUGCAUUAUACAUUUACAAAUGGUGAACACAUUUUAAGUGUGGCAGCUCUUGAAAAUGAUUCUGACGUAGUUUCGCUGUUACUUCGUGUGGGAGCUGAAGUUGAACAUCUUGACAAUAAAGGUAAAAAUGCUUGCGACUAUGCUUUAGAAGGAAAAAGAGAUGAGAACCUUAAGCUUUUGAUUGAGAAUGAUGCUAGAUUUCCUUUAGAAUUUAAAGGCAAAAUGCCUGCAGAUUUCGAGACAUCUCAGUCAAACGUGAAAAAGGAAAUUUUUGAAAUUUAUCAAC